AUGACAAACAAUGGUAUAAUUGAACCACCAUUUUAUGAAAUGGUUGGCAUGUUUGCCGAUGACGCUAUGGUUCAUGUCGAAAAUAAGAUCAUGACAGAGCUGCCCUUCAAGGGUUCUGAAAAGGACAAGCGAAAUUAUAUUCAUGGCAUUCUGAUGUCAAUGAAACCAUGUGAUGACAUUCUCGAAUUCAACUUUCCAAUCAAACUCGAUAAUGGUGAGUUUGAAAUUAUUCAAGGCUGGCGAGCUCAACAUUCGCACCAUAUUAACCCAUGCAAAGGCGGCAUUCGUUUCGCUCCCGAUGUUAACAUGAACGAAGUUAUGGCUUUGGCAACCCUGAUGACCUACAAAUGCAGUCUUGCAGACAUUCCAUUUGGUGGUGCUAAGGCUGCGGUUAAGAUCGACCCUAGCAAGUACAAAGUUAGCGAACUCGAACGCAUUUGCCGUCGAUUCGCUCUUGAGUUGGCCAAGAAGAACUUCUUAGGACCAAACGCUGAUGUUCCUGCUCCUGAUGUAGGCACUGGGCAGAGAGAAAUGGCCUGGAUAGCUGAUACCUAUGCAAAUACAGUUGGUUUUGGUGACCCAAAUGCUCUUGGUUGCGUCACUGGUAAACCGGUUGAAUAUGGUGGUGUUGAAGGUCGAACCGAAGCAACUGGUCUUGGUCUUUUCUUUGGGAUUAGGAACUUUGUGGAAUGUGAUAAGAAUUGCAAAGCUUGUGGUCUAGAUGAACCUGGAAUCAAAGGAAAGACAAUCAUCAUUCAGGGUUUCGGUAACGUUGGUACCUACUCCUGCAAGUUUCUUCACGCUGCUGGAGCAAAAAUCAUCGGUAUCAUUGAAAUUGACACUGGUUUAUUCAAUCCAAAUGGACUAGACUUCAAUGAGUUGGAUGAGUAUAGGAAUAAACACGGAUCUCUAAAAGGAUUCCCCAAUGCUGAAGAAGUUGAUAGACAUGAGCUCAUGUAUUACGAAUGUGAUAUCCUGAUCCCAGCUGCUUUGCAAAGGCAGAUCACUGCUAAAAAUGUCGAUAAGAUAAAAGCAAAAGUGAUUGCAGAAGGUGCAAAUGGUCCAACUUCCUACUACGCUCAUAAUCAACUCAUUAAACGGAAUAUUAUGGUCAUUCCGGACUUACUAAUGAAUUGUGGUGGUGUUACAGUUUCCUACUUUGAAUGGCUAAAAAAUCUCAACCAUGUUAGCUAUGGUCGUCUUAACUUCAAGUAUGAAAAGGAGAACAACAUGUGCCUAGUCCGUAUAAUUGAGUCCGCAGUUGAAAAGCCCAUCCCCCUAUCCUCAGAAUUAGCUCAUCGUAUGGACACUGCUUCUGAAUUGGAUAUUGUGCACUCUGGCCUCGAAUUCACAAUUGAACGUUCGUCAAGGCAGGUUAUGGAAACUGCUGAACGCUAUGGUCUGGGUUUGGACUUCCGUCUAGCUGCUUACAUUGUUGCUAUUGAAAAAGUCUUCCAUUCUCUCCGUGCUUCUGGCAACGUCUUCUAG